AUGUCAGACACAGAGGAAGUGGAGGAAGAGGAGGAAGAGGAGGAAGAAGCCAAGCCAAAGCCAAAAUCAUUCGUACCACCUCAUGUUCCUCCAAAAAUUCCAGAUGGAGAGAAAGUUGAUUUUGAUGACAUCCACCGUAAACGAAUGGAGAAAGACCUUGUUGAGCUGCAGUCUCUUAUUGAGACCCACUUCGAGAGCCGUAAGAAAGAGGAAGAGGAGCUUCUCAGCCUUUCUGAACGCAUGGAGAAACGCAGAGCAGAGAGAGCGGAACAAUUGAGGAUCCGCACGGAGAGAGAGAAAGAGCGCCAGAACAAGCUAGCGGAGGAGAAGGCUCGGAAAGAGGAGGAAGAAGCUAAAAGAAAAGCUGAGGAUGAUGCGAAGAAGAAAAAAGUUCUCACCAGCUUGCAUUUCACAGGAUAUAUGCAGAAGUCAGAGAAGCGUGGAGGACCAAAGAAACCAACGGAGCGAGAAAAAAAGAGAAAGAUCUUGAGCGAAAGACGCAAAGAGCUCAACAUCGAUCAUCUAAAUGAGGAGAAGCUCAGAGAGAAAGCCAAUGAACUGUGGAAGUGGAUGCAUCAGUUGGAGUCUGAGAAAUUUGAGCUGCAGUACAAGUGCAGGCGGCAGAGAUACGAGGUGACUGUUUUGAGGAACCGCGUCACUGAUCAUCAGAAAACCUCAAAGGGUUCCAGGACUAAACAUGGCCUGAGGAAAUGA